CUUAUUUACGGGCCAACCCCUCCAUUUUCUCUGUCGGGCAGCUGCGCAUGGUUUAUCAGAUGCAAGCCAGAGCUUGAAAUUUGUAAUUUUUCUUUCUUUCUCAGACCUGGGUUUCGAAGAUUACACACUUGGGGUGGCUUCACCUUCAAGAUUUCGCCUCCAACUGCUUAGAAAUCAAGCAGUAUUCCCGGAAAAAGACUGUAGAAUUUUCUCGGGAAAAAAGGUUGGGGAAUGUAUGGUGAUUCCCGGGCAUUAGCUUCCGACCCGACUGCUAUAUUUUGCAAGUCCAAUUCCAUAUUGGAAGGAGCACAGAACUGUUUAUGAAUCCAGAGAUGAACCAACAUCAAGAAGAGGAGCCCAAUUCCAGUUCUGGGUUGCUGAGAUUUCGCUCUGUCCCGAGCCGCUUGGCUUCUCAGAGCCUUUUCGAGGAGGAUUUUGAGGAGAGCAAGCCUCUGGCAAACGGGUUCAACUCUUUGAAUUCUCAGCUGCAGCUGCCGCCGCAGUAUCCGCGGCAGAGCUCAGCCACUCAAUUGGCCGCCAUGGAUUCCGGUGGCUCGUUCAGGGUCACUGGUUCGGCUGUUUCUUCCAGUCUCAUGCGCCAAAGUAGCUCUCCCCCUGGCCUCUUCUCUCAUCUCCCUGCUCAGAAUGGCUAUGGUACUAUAAGCGGUUUUGGAAACUACAAAGCAGGCAGUGGUAGUAAUGGAGAUACAAGCCUGUCUUUAAACAGGUUGAGGGGUCUGAUGAAUUUCUCAACUGGGGUGUCGCCUUCAUUGGGAAUGUUCUCUCAGAUCUCCGAAAUUGAACCUGAAAGUGCCGAUGGCAGCUGCCGGGAAGACAUUAAGCUUGGAUAUGGUAGCAGGGACCCUCAGUUCUACUCUGGGUAUGCCUUAGGUUCCUGGAAUGAGCCUUCACAUUUUCAAGAGAGUUUCUCUAUGCUGAAAAGGGACAUUGAUAUCAAUGGGAAACUAUUUGCUGGUACACAGAACAGGGAGCUCGAAAAUCAUCGAACGCACAUCUUGUCACACCGCCUAAGUUUACCAAAUACCUCAGCUGAAAUGGCCGCGGUGGAUAAACUACUGCAGUUUCAAGAUACUGUUCCUUGUAAGGUUCGAGCCAAGCGAGGCUGCGCCACUCAUCCAAGAAGUAUUGCAGAGAGGGUUAGAAGAACCAAAAUCAGUGAAAGAAUGAGGAAACUACAGGAGCUCGUCCCGAACAUGGACAAGCAAACAAACACAGCAGAGAUGCUGGACUUGGCUGUUGAGUACAUAAAAGACCUCCAAAAACAGUACAAGGCGCUCAGUGAAAACCGCGCGAGCUGCAAGUGUUCAAGCAUGCAGAAGCCACUCCGAAAUCUGCCGCCGGCAUGAUUGGCUUCUGGUAGAGAUUACAGGAUUUGCAGAAGUGAAAUAGCAAAGCUUUUUGUUUCUCUUCUUUGCUUUCUUCCUUUCUUGUGUUGAACAUGGGGUUUUGAGUGAAGUAGAAGACAUAUGCUAUAGAGAAAUAGAUCAAAUAAGCUAACAAAUUAAGCUUGGUUUGCAUGGUUAAGGGGUAAAAAUAGAUCAAAACAACUGUACAGAAUGGUGUUGCAAUGAUACAUAGACAAAUAUUAUUUUGGUCAAUAUAUCGAUUAAAAUGAUUUAGUUAUGUGAGAAGAAGAUCGAUAGAUACUUUGCGAAUCAUGAAAUGGAUGA